GUUCGUGCAACCCCAACAAAUAUUUGCGAGGUUGAGAAUGAAAGGCAAGGACCAUCUCCGGUUUAGCGUUGAUGGUGUGCUAUUUUCUCACGUCGAAUAUAGGGGUACAAAAGUUUGGUAGCUAGAUUCAGGCUAGGCAUAUAUCAUUCAUCAAGAAAUUGGUGUCUAUGUUCAACAUUUUUCUCUAUCUCGACUGUGCCAAAUGUGCUACACGAUUUCGGUCCUAUCUGGUAGGGGUUUUCUCUAAAAUACCUUGAAGUAAUUCUUAACGAUAAAGCGUAGGUACAUGUAACUCACUCAAAUGGCAGAUCUUCAUUAUCCGAGACCAUGUGGAUGUACAGGAAUCCGAUCAUGCCUCGUCUGUGAAGGCAAAGAUGUCCAUGUGAAGAAUGCAUCAACGGGCAGUGAAUAUUUACAGGCACUCUGGAGAUACUGCUACUUGUGUGGAAAUAUCCAGCCUCCUCCUCACAUAGAGAUGGGACAGAGCAGCACAAAACAGCCAACACCAGACACAGUGUGCCCUGAUCACCACGCUACUCAGGGCUUUAGGUUGCCUGGUAUACAGGUGAUACCAGAGUUUAUCACAGAUGAAGAGGAAAUGGAGAUGGUGCACAUGAUUGAAGAGAGUCCAUGGAAAUCCUCCCAGUCAGGAAGAUUCAAACAGGACUACGGCCCUAAACCCAACUUCAAGCGUAGAAAAGUCAAGCAAGGUGGCUUCACCGGUCUACCUGCCUUCAGCAAACCACUUGUGUCCCGUAUGACACGCCUCCCAACGCUUCAAGACUUCCUCCCUGUUGAACAGUGCCAUCUAGAGUACACGCCCGACAGAGGAUCAGCCAUAGACCUUCAUUUUGAUGACUUCUGGCUUUGGGGGAACCGACUCGUCACCAUCAAUCUACUCUCAGACACUUUCUUAUUCCUGAAAUAUGAAACUGAUGCUACUAGUCAUGGAGCACCCAGUGAUUCUGGAACAAACUCCUACUAUCGUCAAGACAAUCAUGAUGUCAGAGGUCAGCAAGAAGAGUGGUUGGUCCAUGAACUGUUAAUACCAAUGCCAAGGAGAAGCUUGAUAAUACUGAGUGACGAUGCUAGGUACAAGUGGAAGCACGCAAUCCCACGAGAAGCCAUUACAUCUCAACGCAUCGCUGUGACCCUCCGUGAGCUUGCAACAGAAUUCUUGCCCGGAGGGAGCAAAGAAGCAAUUGGUCAAGAACUCUUAGACAUUGCAUUGACCUACGAAGGAACAGUUGUACCUUGAAGGUUCAUUGGUUCAAUAUUUCUCUUACUGAUGUUUGGAUGCAACUCUCUUUGAAAAGUAAUAUAAAUGUCAGUACAAUGCAUUUAGAUGGGAUAUAUAUGUUUAUGUGCCUAUAGUAUAUUUUAGUAUGGCCCACCUCUAAAAAGGAGAUAAUAAAGAUUUUGUAAACCUGUCAUUUUCAAAUACAAUGUAUACGUAGUUUGGGUUAACACAAGUCUCGAGUCCAGUGCACAUUGGCCUCAAAAAGUCAAAAGUCAAAUCUUAAGUCUCUGAAAUAAAUUUAUGGAAACCUAGAAUAACCUCGGGAUAAUCAUCUGUGCGAUGUGUCUUUUGGAAUUACUGCUAUGCUUGCUUCUAAAUAAUGCCUGUAGGGAAGAUUUUCAAUCUUGAGAACCCUUACAGCUCAUUCAGAUACGUCAGUAAAAAAAAAAUGAAGGACAACUGCGUGCAACAAAGGUCCUGCAUGUAUUCAUUGAGCUCUGUGUUUAUAAGAAUAUAAGUUUUAUGAUUUACAACAUCAUUUUCUAUUUGCCUGAUUUUCAAUGGAUUAUAUUCUGAUGUUUGAUCUUAGUCAUGUUUUAUAAGCAAUGCUAAAACUUAGAUCUUUAUGUAACUUCCUUUGUUAAACAAACACAACCAUCAUCAUGAACUGAAACAGUCAAACUUUCAAAUUUGUGACAAAUACAAAUAGAAUUUAUUCAUCACUGCUAAUCAAUAAAUAGAAGUUUUACAAUAAUCAAUAUAAACACAGAAAUAUAUUGCAUAGUGCUUGUUUUCCACAACAAAAAGAUAAUUUGGUGGUUGAUUCAUUCAUAGUACCUUAAGAAGAAUGGACAAACUUUUUUCUUCUCCAAUUGUGUAUAAAAUACACCAGCACAUUAAAUUGUCAUCAUUUGCAUAGAAUGAAGACAGAAAACAUGUACAUCUAGUUUGAGCUUUGUUCUUAAAUAGACAAUAUAUCUAACCUUCAAAGUUCAUUUCACUAUGACCCCUACAUUAUAAAUUGUCUAUCUACAAAUAUUAACAUGCAUGGAUCUGUUUACCAAGUCUUAAAACACUCGGCAAAAAAAGAUAGUGGACACUCUUUAAUAUUCGAAAUUUUCAUAUAAACCAUCAAUAAAAUAUAUUUAAUAUUUAUUUGAAAAUUUUAAUCAUCAACAUUAAAAUAGUGUCUUAAUUUUUUUUGCUGAGUGUAGCAAGGAUUUAACUCUAAAUGAAACAUAGAUGUCAAGCACACUGCUGCAAAGAAGUUGCUUAUAUUUCUGAUUGUACAAAAGUGCGGAACAGCAAUACGUGAAAGUGAAUAUAGAAAAAAAGACUACAGCAAAAUGUAGUGCAUUUCGCUAUUAAAGCUACCUUAGAUAUAGGCAAGUUUCGACUAAAGUAAUAUACAAUCUUGGUAACUAAUUAUUCUGAAUAAUUAUUGACACAUACAUUUACGCCAUGAAUUAUAUUCUUACUCAGUAAUUUAAUUUCCUCUAAUAUAUUCCGCACCUUAUUACAGAUGUAAAUAAAUACUCCAAAAUGGAAAAUUAA